AUGUACAUUGAUGAUCCUGAUAGGGACUACUACACCUUAGUGUUCUACGACGUGCGUGAUGCAGCCGCAUAUCGGGAGACCAUGGUCUUUGAAGAAAACGGUAGCGCUGUGGACCCGAUAAUUGAAAGCAGUGAGCAGCUGCACAACGAAUGGGUUGAGCCUGGGGUACCUUCGCCUCCGGCAGAUUGGAGCGCCGCUCCGGCCGGUGUGGCUCAUGGGCGCGGCCUAGUGGCGGCCAGCGGCUGGUGGCCAGGUGGGCCUGGUUGGAAGAAGGAAGAUGGCAUCAUGAGCAGCAUUGCGGAAGGGGAUGAGAACUCAGAGAUGGACACUUUUCAAGCAAUUCCUGGCACCUACUCCAUCUUGCUGCAAGGCAUCCCGAUGGAGCUUCUGAACAAGACCUGCGUGGAUGCGAUCCUGGAGCAGGCUGGCCUUGCGAAUGACGUGCUCAAUUGCACAGUGAAAGGUCGGGGCAUUGGUUUGUGUGUGCUGGUGAUCAUGGGUCAGGAAGGUGUGUGCCGCUGCUUGAACCACUUUGCAGGAUGUCGUUGGGGCGUUCGUGCCACACUCAUCAGUGGAGACAUGCCGGCGACCAACAGCUUCCCCUUGGCCGAGGAGGCAAGGCGGGAUGGCUACGACAAAGCUGAUUGGACCACAAGUGAGUACAACCCUGCCAGAGACUUUUGGUUGGCUGACGACAAGGCAGUAAAUGCAGUACUUCCCCGAGUGCCGAAGACCCUCACAACAGAGGGCAUGCUGACGCACGUGGCGAAGCCCACUUCGGAAGCCAGCACAGACGUCCUCAGCGAAUCGGACGAGGAAAACAGCAAGUUGCAGGGCCGUGCGCAACAUUUGUGGUAUGGUUCGGGUGCGAUCAUGUGA